CCAGAGAUCCUUCUGGGAAGGAGCUGGUUCUUGGCUUCUUGUCUGCCUCUGUCAGGGUCAGGAUUGAAGUGCUCCAGAUGGCAUUUUGUGUUCAGACUCAGAUGUUUCUUAGUUCUUAUCUGGAUUGCAAACUGUGAGUUCUACAGCAUUCUACUAACAAGAUACAAAAUGGCUAACUCUCUCUCUGCAAGGCCUGUUAAGGAUAAACUGUCCAAUUAAGAAAUGACACCUCAAUUAUUUUCACUUUUAACCCAAUACCCAACCACCCGUGCCCGCAAUGGGGACUUUUUUAUCCAAUGACACAAAACCACCCAAACCCAUGGAGAGGAAGCUGAAGAAGAAACAGCAGCCUCCACCCCAAACCCUCCAUCGUGCUUUAUAUCUAUUCCUGUAUUCUAAACCCUUAAACUCUGAGUUUCCCACCCUGUGAUAUCACACACUUCUGUUCUAGCUACACAUCUUUAAUUUCAGUUUUAUUAUUGAAUUUUGGAAGCUUCUCCAGGGCCUCAGGUCAAUGCAGUGUUCUCUUGGGGGUCAGCAGCACAGAAAGUGUGGAAUUCUCAGCAGCCAUGGUUCCAGCAGGAAGGAGCUGGUGGCAUCCAGCUCAUCUCCAGAUGCCCCUGCCUGCUCCUCCACACAGGGCCUGUCCCCAGCAGUGUCCCCAGGCUGCUGCUCCUGCCCUGGGCACAGCCUGGCACAGGGUGGGGUGCCCAUUCCCAGCACCGAGGGGUCACCAUGAGACUCUUCCCCUCCUUUUCCCCUCAGGGUGGGUAACAGCUGGCACCAGAGGCAGGAUGAGACCAGAUGCAGUCGUUGUGCAUUAAAAUGCACAUUUAAAUGCACUUUUAAAUGCACAUCGUCCAUUCUAAGCCCUGCUGGCAGCAUUUCAGGCUCAAUUUUCCAAGAUCCACAGCAGUUUUGUGUCUCCUGGCUGCUGGCAGCUGCUCAGCACUGCUCAGAGUGGGAGGAAAACCACAAUGGCAGUGUUUGAGCAGCUCUCAGCUUUGCCACCUACAGAACAAGGCUUUCCUGACACAAACAAGGCUUUUCUAAGCCAGCAGUGCAGCUGACAGAAUUUUUGAGAGUUCUCAUCCCCUGUCAGUGCUGGAGGCACUCCUGUUUUUUCCCAGUGGUUGUGGAGCAGAAAGCACAAGGAUUUGUCCAGGGAGGUUCCUCAGGUUCACAAGGAGAAUCAAACAAUUUAUCCAGCCCUUGCCAUGCAUCCCUCCAGCUCCUGCCUGUCCCAGGCCAGGCCCUUCCUUCCAGCCAUCGAGCUCUUUGUGAAGGCUGGCAGUGAUGGGGAAAGUAUUGGGAACUGCCCGUUCUCUCAGCGCCUCUUUAUGAUCCUGUGGCUCAAAGGUGUCAUUUUUAACGUCACAACCGUGGAUCUGAAAAGAAAACCUGCAGACCUGCAGAACCUGGCCCCGGGCACCAACCCCCCGUUCAUGACCUUUGAUGGGGAGGUGAAGACCGAUGUCAACAAGAUUGAGGAGUUCCUGGAGGAGAAGCUGGCACCGCCCCGGUAUCCCAAACUUGCACCGAAGCACCCCGAGUCGAACUCUGCAGGAAAUGACGUCUUUGCAAAAUUCUCUGCAUUUAUAAAGAACCCGAGAAAAGAUGCAAAUGAAAAUUUGGAAAAAUCUUUGCUUAAAGCCCUGAAGAAGCUGGACAACUAUUUAAACAGCCCCUUGCCUGAUGAAAUCGAUGCUUACAGCACGGAGGAGAUCACUGCUUCCAGCAGAAAAUUCCUGGAUGGAGAUGAGCUCACUUUAGCAGAUUGCAACCUCCUACCAAAGCUCCACAUUAUCAAGGUUGUUGCUAAAAAAUACCGAAAUUUUCACUUCCCACCUGAAAUGACAGGGAUUUCCAGAUACUUGAAAAAUGCAUAUGCAAGAGAUGAAUUCACAAACACGUGCCCUGCUGACCAGGAGAUUGAAUAUGCCUAUUUGGAUGUGGCAAAGAGAAUGAAGUGACCUGAAGAUGCCUCUGUUUAUUGCUUCUGUGAUGGACAACAGCCAAGCUGGAAAAGCAAAAACCAGCAGAGAUUCUGCAGUGUGAUUUUAAGUUCUGCUAUUGGCCAAUCCUUUUAUAAUGAUUGUAUUGCAUUAUUUACUCCUUCUUAAAUUAA